CCGCUCAGUUUUCCUUUGUGAAUUAAACAAAUCUAAAGAAGAAGAAACCAUUGACAAAAUUAAAAAUGGCGAAAACUCACCCCCUUCUCCGCCUCCUCAUCUCCGCCGUAGUAGUGGCCGCCGUAAUCCUCGCCACCGUCGAUGCAGGAGAAGAAUACAGCUGGAUGCCGACGAAUAAGGCGGCGAGUUGCAAGGGAUCGAUCGCGGAGUGCAUGGCAGAAGGCGCAGGUGAGUUCGAAUUGGAUUCGGAGAGCAACAGGCGCAUAUUAGCCACAUCGAACUACAUCAGCUACGGUGCGCUUCAGGCGAACAGCGUCCCCUGCUCCCGCCGCGGCGCUUCGUACUACAAUUGUAGACCAGGUGCCCAAGCUAAUCCCUACACCCGAACUUGCUCCACCGCCACACAGUGCCGGAGUUAAUUAUUAUUUUUAUUUUAUUUUUCUCCGCUUCUGUCACGUUUUAUAUAUAUACGUUUUAUGUAUUUAUUAUUAUAACUGGUAAAGAUUUGCUGUAAUAAUUGAUUAUUUUUCUCUUCAUAUUUCCGAGAUCUGAUUUUGUAAUUCUUACGAGUGUUCUCUGUUUCGUUUCUUCCUUUUUUUUCUUUUGGAUACUCUUACGAUAUACAAUAUAUGUGUGUUCCUGUUACAAUCAGAUGAUUUACAGAAGAAUUUAUGGAAGUGUUUGUGAACUGUAUAUUUAUUGAACUUCAAUUAAA